AUGGGGGAUAAACAUAAUAUAAUAUGUGGGUAUAUGAAACAUUCGCACGUGGGCGCUUCAAACAAAGUAGCAAGUCCCUUAGCCACUCAUGAUAUGGGACAUGAUUGGAGAGGCGGAUGGAAUAAAAUGUUACCAAAAAUACUUGGCUGGGUAUUAGAACCUUUUUCAAAUGAAAAUGUAGAAACAUCAGCCCAGCUAGAAGAAGAGCUUAUAGAAUUAACAACAAAUGAAGAAUUAAAAAUCAAAUUUAAAGAUUGUUAUCAACAAUUUUGGCUACAGAAGUCAAUUCAGCAGUUAUACCCUGGCAUGUGGUCGGUUGUUCAAACAUUUUUACUAGCAUUUCCAUCGUCAUAUUUGUGCGAACGUGGAUUUAGCGUUGUCACAAUGCUACUUACUAAAAACAGAGAUCAGUUGCAAAUUAUCAAACGCGGUGACUUACGACUAUUUUUGAUUCAAAUGGAACCUGAUAUUGACAAACUU